UGAGACCCAAAUAAGCAGCCGUAGUCCUAGACAAACCGACCCAAAAGCCUUAACGAGGCGACGCGCGCUCCUGCGCACGGCGAUCGAGGUGGAGCCAGGCUCCCCGGGACACGCCCCUCCUCACGGGUCUCCCGGUCGGCGGGCGAGGCGCCCAGUGAAGUUGUAAUGAUACAGCCGACAACAUCUGUGUGAGUGAGAUGCAGCCCUACUAACUGCACUCCAAGUCAUAGUACAACCAGCGAUGGCGAGGUCAAAGGCGAGGGUGUACACGUGUUUCGCGCUGACGACGCUCUUCGUGGUUGCAGCAGUUGUGUGUAUUGCCGUUCUUGCGAGACGUGAGAAGUGUCCAACUGGUGCUUUCCUAAAGGCUGCAGCGGCCGCAGACUCCAGGAAAUGUUCCGAGGUUGCACGGGACAUCCUUCAAAGAGGGGGCUCGGCGGUAGAUGGCGCCAUUGCCGCGCUGCUGUGCACGUCCGUCAUGAACCCACAGAGCAUGGGCAUAGGAGGGGGGUCCAUAUUCACGGUGAUGGACAGAUCUGGGAAAGUGAAAAUCAUCAACUCCAGGGAGACAGUGCCCAGGAAGUUCAACUCCAACCUGCUGAAGUCUUGUUCCAACACACUCUCAAACUCAGGUAGCCAGUGGAUUGGAGUCCCGGGGGAAAUUCGAGGCUAUGAGCAGGCACACAGGUUGUAUGGGAAGUUGCCGUGGGCGACCCUCUUCCAGCCGACCAUCCAGAUGGCCAGACGCGGCUUCCCCUUGCCUCCGGUCCAAGGUCGAUACGUCUCGUACAUCAAUGCGAACGACACCCAGUCACUGCGGGAGUUGUAUUCGGACGAGAAUGGAAGGCUGCUGAAGACGGGGGACACUGUGAAGUUUGAGAAGCUGGCAGACACCCUGGAGACGAUUGCCGAGCACGGGGCGAACGCCUUCUACACUGGGCCAAUAGCUGAGAACUUAGUGCGUGACAUACAGGAGGCAGGAGGAACGCUCACCGUGCAGGACUUGGCCGCCUAUACAGUUACAGUGAGUGAUGCGUGGGCUGUUCCUGUGGGAGAGUACCAGAUGUACAUCCCCCCGCCCCCCGCAGGAGGCAUCAUCCUCAGUCUCAUCCUGAACAUCCUGAAAGGUUAUGACAUGAACUCAGCGUCUCUGAGGGGGGAACAAAAGACGCUGACUUAUCACCGCUAUGCUGAAGCUUUUAAGUUUGCUAAUGGCUUGAAGAAAAACAUCCGGGAUCCAGAAUUUGGCUCAGAAGAAGCGGCCAGGCGAUUAUUAGAGGAGCGCUUUGCGGAGCACAUACGGAGCCUGAUCAGCAGCGACGAGACUCACGAGCUCCAGUAUUACAACGUCACCCCGCAUUUGGACGGCAUGGGCACCACGCACGUGUCUGUGCUGGCUGAGGACGGAUCCGCCGUGUCUGUCACCAGCACCAUCAACCACAUAUUCGGCUCCAAGGUCUUCUCUGCGAGCACCGGAGUCAUCCUCAAUAACGAGCUGUCGGACUUCUGCGGCAGAGCCGAUAACAUCUUCCCUGGGGAGCAGCCUCCCUCCUCCAUGGCCCCCGUCGUGCUGAAGUCUCCAUCCAGGACGCUGGUGGUCGGGGCGUCUGGUGGGAGCAUGAUCACGACCGGGAUCUCCUCCAUGCUCAUAAACCACCUAUGGUUUGGGAAGAGCCUCAAGGAGGCCAUUGCGGCUCCCGUCGUUUUUGUGGACGCUCAAAAUGCGCUAAAGUUCGAACCCGCCUUUGACAAGAGUGUAAUAGAGGGCCUCGAAGCGUUGGGGCACAAACGUGAAAAUGCCACUUUCUUCUACAACGUGGUCAACGUCGUGGAGAAGGACGGCGACUGCAUCUGUGCGGCGUCCGACGCCAGGAAACUGGGCGAAGCCGCCGGUUACUGAGACCAGGAAACAGCGACGCUGCUCUGAAGGAAGAGACCUUCCUGUUGUUGGAACAGCCUCAGCUGCAUUACAUUGACUGUUACACUGGAGCUGUUAAUAGUGUUUAUCUCAACAUGCUGUAUAUGAAUUUUAUUUAUUAUACAGCUUGCUUUCCAGUAUCCAAUUGAAGUGUGAUUAUAUACUAAAUAGAUACUAUAUAAAAUAUCUUACAUGUUUUUUCUUAUUAUUAUUAAAGACAAAAUAUGACUGCC